AUGACCCAGGGCUUCUGGGGGCUCUACAAGGCCAGGGUGCUGCAGGCCCUGGGGGGCGCGCGGGCUGAUGGGGCGCUGCAGGAGGAGGGAGACCCCCCCGAGCUGAUGGAGGCGGCCGAGCCCCCCGCGCUGAUGGAGGAGGGACCCGGCCCCGUGUCGCAGCUGGCGAGGAAGGUGCAGGGGGUGGGCGCCAGGGGCUGGCGGACCCUCUCGUCCCUCUUCGCCCGCGAGGACGAGCACCAGCUGCUCAGCCCGGAGCCCUGCGCCGACCACCCGCUGGCUGCCUCACCAGCACAGCCGCCCCCCUCCCAGAAAACACACGGAUUUUGGGAUCUCUUCGCUACCAAGUGGCAGCAGGCGUCGGCCCCCGACCAGGAGGAGCCCCCGACGGAGCCGGGCGAGAGCCCCGGGGAGCCGCCGGGGGACGAGGGCCCCUACGACCUGCGGGAGCCGGAGGAAGGGGCCGUCAGGUGGGGCUUCCUGGCCAGCAAGCUGGCUGAAAUCCGAAAUAAAAACGCCCCCAAGGGCAACUAG